AUGACGAGGCCUCAUGUCGUGGCGGCUCAUCUGCCCAGAUUCAACUUUCCGCCAGAUGAAAAGAAGGCAAAGAUAUUGGAAAUCAUUGAAAGAAUCCGCCACUGUGAUGUCGAGCAAGAAAUUGAUGUCCCAGAGCUGGUACUGUGCGGCCAGCAAUCCUCUGGCAAAUCAUCCGUUUUGGAGGCUCUUACGGGGCUCGAAUUCCCAAAGGGAGAUGGCGGUCCUUGUACGAGGUUCCCAAUUGAAAUACGACUCUUUCCUGGGGCGGAAACCACUUAUAUAAGAAGCAAAGUGAGGUUUCGCCCACCGCCAACCGGCGUGCCGUCCGAGACGAACAAUUUCCAACAAGGGGAAGAGUUGGUGAAUAUAGCUUCGGACGACCCCAGCGACAUAAUAAACCGUGCAAAGGAGAUUAUGAAGAUAUCGGAAACGGACAAGUUCUCGUACAGUGUGCUGAGUAUUGAAUAUCACUUUCCAGAUCCAGCGUCUUCGACAUACGCUCCACGGUUGACGCUCGUAGACCUUCCAGGUCUGGUAGCAGUCGUGGACGAAAAAACACUGGAAGAAUAUACAAGAAACUACAUUGAAAGGAAAACAGCAGUCGUACUUGCUGUUGCUGACGGAACAGCUGAUCCAGAAAACCUGAGAAUACUGAAACUGGUCAAUGACUCGGCCUGUGCAGAUAGGACCUUUGGCAUCAUCACCAAGCCGGACAUGAUGUACCCAAAGUCCGAUUUGGAGGCUGCAUGGGUGCGCCAAGUGAUGGAUCCCAAGCCCAGGCAAUUUGGUCUAGGAAGCCAUGUCGUGUGUAAUCGCAGCCCUUCUGAGCUACAACCUGGCGCCUACCAACGCUCCUUGGAUGACAGAGAUUCACGGGAAGCAGAUUUCUUUGCUGCAGAGACACGGUUCCCGCCAAACGCAACCGAGAAUGGAGGAAACCAGAAGCUUCCAAACGGAUGGCACAGAGUAUAUGCAAUGAAACCAUCUGACAGAUGGGGCAUUCAAAACCUUCGAAACAGAUUGGUUGCUUUGCUGUCGGACAUGGCGAGUGAGAGAGUAUUGCCCAUCUACCGUGGCGUUCAAGCAGCAAUAAAAAAGAAGCGUCAUGAGCUUGCCAUACUAAAGGCAAAGGAUCCGAAGCAGAUCAAGGCACAUCUCAAAGACGCCGUCAAUCAUCUUCGAAAAUUAGCCGCGCAAGCUUCUAUUGGAAGCUACAAAUAA